AUGGUUGCAGGAUACAAAUACGACAUUAUGGCUAUGAAGAUUCUCACGAAAGAAGAAACAGCUCGAGCUCAUGCUAAACGAGCCAUCGACGAAAAGAAAAAGUUACUCGAAAGUGAUGGACAAGAUCCAUUGAUAACGGCACAAAUGAUCCAUAUCAUUGAAGAACGGGCAUUGAAUAUGGUCAAACGUGCUCAACAAAUUCAUCAACGACAAAUCGACUCUUUUUUCGUCGACGCUCCGACGGUAGUUAUCAACGACCUUCCUGCUGUCGUCAACACUGUCGGAGCCAACUUCUAAAUACCAAUAUUGUUGCUUCAUCACCAUUUAUUGAAGCCGAUUUACAUUUAUCACCACUGAAAAUGUCUCUACUAUUCAACGGCUUGAAAUAUGUCACACCUUGUCAAAGUCGCUUCAAUAACCAACCAAUGUGUGAUUUCAUCGAUGCCCAAUUCAAAACAUUGUUCACGACUAUCAGAGAUUGGCUGAACGAUAAUCAUACAUCCGCAUCAGAUCAUCGAGCAGGCUUAGCAUUUGCGGAACUGAAAACGAUUCUUCAUCGGCUGUACUUAUCACGGUUACCUCGAAACCUAGCGAAGCGUGCUCGAAAAGAAUACAAAACGAUGAACAUAUUCAAUAUCAAUUGCGUAAGAAUCCACAUGUUUUAACCCUUUCGCUACGACUUUAAUUUUUCAGAUACAAUUUUACACAAAACGUUUCAAAUAUUGAAACACAUGUUUAUUUAUUCUUAAAAGUUUUGUAGAGUAUGAAAAUCUUUGAAACAAUCAACAAGACAUAAACCUACAUCACACUCUGUGCACUGAUAACGUGAGAGUACAUCUUUUCUUUUCGGACGUCUGACAGUGUUGCUGCAGACGACACAUUUUCUCCUAGGUGCUGACUGUGUGUCUGUGGCUGGAAUCGGCG